AUGGUUAUUGAUAGCGGAAUCGUUCCGUCGUUGGUGCCCAUGCUCGGCCAUAGUGACGCGAAAGUGCAAACUGCAGCAUUGCGUGCUGUUGGAAAUAUCGUCACAGGAUCUGAUGAGCAGACACAACUUGUUCUUGACUGCGGUGUGCUGCAAGAAAUGCCCCAGCUUCUUUCUCAUCAGAAGGAGAAGAUCAACAAGGAAGCUGUAUGGUUCUUGUCGAAUAUCACCGCUGGUAACCAGAAUCAAGUCCAAGCAGUGCUCGAUGCCGGUCUUAUGCCGUUGAUUAUCAAUUUGCUUGGGAAAGCCGAUUUUCCAACACAGAAGGAAGCAGCUUGGGCCGUAUCGAAUGUCACCAUUUCUGGUCGUCCAGAUCAGGUGGAACAGAUGGUGAAUUGUGGCGUGAUCCGCCCAUUCUGCGCACUUCUGGACUGCAAAGAGCCUCAAAUUAUUCAGGUACUGCUGCCCGGAAUCAAACAUUAC